AUGUAUAACACAAAUCAGCAGAAAAUCACAGCAUUUCGCUUCAAAGACCCGUUUGCAGCUGAUAAGUUUGUUGUGUGUCAUGCCACGAAAGGAAAGUGCUGUCGACCAAACUGCGAUAUGGGGAUAUUGAACUACAAAGACCAAGACCUUAGAUUUUACAACUCUGUUGACACUGCAAUGGCUCAGGGAUUCGUUCCAUGCGAAUUCUGCUUUCCAGAUUUGCAGAAUAAACCAGUGAAUUAUCGUGAUGGAAGUCAUGUUAACGUCAACUUGGACCUUCUGCUAAACACAGUGACUGCCGUGAAUAAAGAAAUUGGCUUUGAGCCACUUCCUUCCAUGAAGAAAUACCCAGAAAGCAAGUCAGAGACAUCGCACUUGAAGGAACGCAAAAGCAGCAGUGGCCCAUCGCCUCACAGUUCUAUCAGUUUAUCGAAGAACGAGCUUGACAGAUUGCAGUUGAUAACGAUAGCAUGCAGGCAUAUUGCAUUAGCUGCCAGUUCUACAGUCCUCGAGGUUUCGUGUCCCGAGGGUGAAAGAAAGAACUCAAUUCUCAUGACUACCGGGAAAAAACGCAGAAGAAGAGGAGGAGUGUUGGGGUUUAAAGAGUUGGCGGCCAAAUCUAGACUUAGUCCUUGGCAUUUCCACAGAGUUUUCAAGAAUGUCACAGGGCUCACACCCAAGAACUACGGUGAUAGGUGCUACUCUUACAUCAGAAAACACUCGAAGGGUGUGCCCGGGAGAAGGGUAAUUGUGAUAAACACAAGAAUCGCAAACCCAACCCUGGCCAAUGAGGAGGAGCACCAACUGCAGUACGAAUCCAUACAUUCUGCUGGUGAGAAAGGUCGGCAGGUCCGCAGACAUUCUAUGUCAGUUGUUCCAAACAGAAUGAAUGGAACCAUGAACCAUAUAGACGUUAAAGGUAUCGGAUCACGAUCGAUGCAAAUUUCUAGAUCUUCGCAUAACCUUCCAAGGACACCCAAUGACGGAAUGACAUCUUCUCUUGCCAUGGCUGCAGAAAAGAGGAAGUCAUUUUCCUCGGUUGGUGCACCAUACAAGAAGGCCAGAUCCUCGGUUGCAUCGUCAAGAAAUUCGCAGAUGUCGGAAAUCGAACCGAUGACGACUUCAUCUAUCACCAGCAACGAUAUGGUCUCAAGGGAAUCGGACAUGUCGAAUCUUUCGACGCUUUCCGAGAACAACAUCACAUCCUUUGCCAAUCCAUUUCGGUCUUACGUUUCGCAGCCUUCAAACUCAAGCCCAACCAGUCUUGACUUCAUUUCCUCCGACUUGACGGAGAUGUCGCCCCGCAGUUUGGGUACGGACCAUCACGAGUCUCGCACCUCACAAAACAACGAGUCGCUAAGCAUUGGCUCCAAUAUGAGCAUGAGUGCCUCGCCAACAUAUGAGUACACCUCAGGAGAAACAAAUGACGUUUUUGCCGGUCUUUCCAUUGCCCGCAACGAUGAUCAGAGUGCUCUCAAUGCAGACGCUCCAUACUUCUAUUUUAUUUCGCCCGAAAGCGAGUCUGCAAGUGAUGCAAUGGUUACUCCCGCCGACUCAGCUAAUAACAACAUAAACUUCGCCGAACUCAUGGCAGUUGCGCCAGGUACGGAUACACUAACCGAUACUUCAACAGGCUUCAACUUUGGGGCAUACAACGAACCUCAAAUUACAGCAAGUCAGAUCGAUCUCAACCUGCUACCCUCGGAUCCGGUGCAAAAGAAGCAGAAUAUGCAGAAUGAUAAUAAGAUUCAGGAUCCUGUUAUGUCUGGUUUGCAUUUUUCUUCUUUCUACAGGGGUUCCCAGUUUAGUUAA